AUCAAUUAAAAAUGAAUGUUUAUUUUUAUCUUACUGUCAAACAUUAUCACGUUCUGCUCUUUGUCCUCGCAUAUUGACGAGUUCCAUAGAACGAUUUCAUUUAUUUUUCCUUGUUUCAAAGAUGAUUGCGAUAAAUCGAAGUGUCGCGGUCCUCUGAAAUACUACGAAGCGCUCAACUGUAAACCAGUGUAUGCGAAUCCCGGUGAAUGUUGCCCCAUCCAAUACGAUUGCAGCCAUUUAAAGAAUUUGGCUAAAGAUAAAUGUUACGCGAACGGCCAUGAGUACAACAUUGGGGAGGAGCUCAAACCGGAGGACGCGGAUCCUUGCGACAUAGCUUGCACGUGUAGAUCAUUCGAUAAUACAACUGCCGCUUUCAUCUGUGCGGCUUACGAUUGUGGUUUUUACCCGCCGAAAGAAAAUUGUUUCUUCAGAAAUAAUCACGAGUCGUGUUGUCUUGGACCGGAGGUUUGCUUAGCGGAAGGCGAGACGAGGGCAACCUGUGAGGUUGACGGCAAAACUUACAUGGAUGGCGAAUAUUUUAGUCCAAAAUCUGACCCCGAAUUGAACUGUUACUGCAUGCCUGGGUACACAGGUGAAAACAUCGAGCCGUUCUGCAAGAAACCGAAGAAUUCUUAUUGCACUCCCUUGUUCCGAAAUGCCGACAAUAUUUAUAAGAAUUGUGCGCCCGUUUUCUACGACAACCAGAACCCGCAGAAAGAUUGCAACUAUGCUUCCAGAUGUCAAAACGCGAACGACUCAGUUAUCCACAAUCAUGAUAGUACCAAAUCGAUUUCUGAGGAAGAAGAUAAGAUGUGUGUGUUUGGUGAUAUGAAAAUGCACAUCGGUGACGAACUCAAUCAGGCAACGGAUUAUGAUUCCGUUUGCGUGAAAUGCGUUUGCGAAAUACCACCGAUCCCAACGUGCCAACGACUUCCGGAUGACAAAUGCGACAUCAGGAAUCACCCACCCUUUUCCAGUGGGUUUAUCCUUGAUUGAGUGAUCUAAUGGGCUGCGAAUUUUUAAAUAAUAUAUUAAAACUGUGUCGAAUGCACAAAGUUUCAGUGCUUACCAAAGGUUAAAUUCGCACGACACAGUUUAGUGAUAUAUUUUCUAUAUUCUUAGGUAGAUCCAAGAUAACGAUUAUAGUCAUUACUAAUGGUAGAAUGUAAAGACUUAGUUAUUAGUUUGUUUUCUUGACUUAUGUUUGAAAAUAUAUAUGUAGCAUUCUUAUGAAGAUA